CCUUUUAUUUCUGCACUCGUUCAUUGUAUAGUAAGUCAACUCUUUGGAUUACUGGCAUUAUUGAAUUGGAGAUUCAAGAGACACAGUUGAUUUCUUAAUACUGAAAAUUUACCCUUAGUUUUGAUCUAAUUGUUUUGUAUAGUAGGAACUAAUAGAAUCUCUUCAUGGCUUUAUCAUUGUUGUUUUCCAAGUUAUACUACUUUCUUGUAAGAGAAUUAAAGCUAGCUAGUCUGGCCUUCCGUUUUGCACAAUUAGGAAUAUGUAAAUACGGCCAUUUUAUCAAAACUAUAGUCACAAUUAGGAAGUUUAAUUUAAUAGUAUAUGAUGCAGAUACGCCUAUGGUACAGAUAUUUGAGUAGAAAUGAAGUAUUUGUACAUUAUAGCUUGCAUAUGUUGCGGAAUAGGAUAAUAAAUUGAUAUACUUGUUAUUUCUCUUUGAAAUGUUACUUUCUGUAUUUACUGUUUUAAUUUAGCUUUGCAUUCUCUCAGGACUUCUUAGAACAGCGAUUAUAGUGUUUUUUAUUGGGUUUCUUUCAAUAUAUCAUGGUAUUAUCUGAUAUCUUCACACUUUGUACUAUUUGAAUUGGCAUUUCUUUCAAUAGUCACUCACAAGCUGCUUCUAUAUUCUAGGAUGUUUAUUUAUAAUUUAUUUAUUAUUUUAUUCUAAAACGGUUUUUUCGGUUGAACCACGGUUAGACCAGUUGGACCAGUGAACUAGUAACUAGAGUGGUUCGAUGACCGGUCUGGUUCUUAGAACCUUGAUUUACGAAGAUCUUGCAUCGACUCUCCCAAAUUGCGAAAAUUAAUGACGAAAUUACAGUCACCGAUAAAGGAGGAGACUUAAACUUUCCUAGACCCACUUUAGGAGGCAGCCCAUUAGAAAGCCCGAGAAAGGCUUUUGGAAUUUUGUUGGGAGUUGGGAACAAUCGUCCCAGUGACAAAGUUUCUUCGCUGAUUUCCUGAAAGCCUCUCAAGAUUCAGUCAGGAAAUAGCAUGAAGAUUGUUCGGAAAGACCUUGUACGCAAUGGACCUGGAAGUGUUAAGAUGGUGGCAGUGGAUUCGGAUGAUCUAUGGUAUGCUUAUAACUUGAUUGCUCCAGGUGAUUCUGUCAUGGCAGUUACUGUUAGGAAGGUUCUUAGAGAAGCAGCUUCUGGUGGACGGGAAGCAGAACGGAUCAAGCUCAAAUUGGAAAUUAAAGUUGAAGAGGUUGCAGAUUACGACAAAGAAGGCUCUAUGUUGCGAAUUCGUGGAAAGAACAUAUUAGAGAAUGAACAUGUUAAGAUAGGAGCAUUCCAUACUUUGGAACUCGAGCUACAGCGACCCUUUGUGCUUAGAAAGGAGGUUUGGGAUUCAUAUGCUUUGGAAGUACUGCAGCAGGCCUCUGAUCCCGGUGCAAGUGCUGAUCUAGCCGUGGUUUUGAUGCAAGAAGGACUAGCCCAUAUCCUACUUAUUGGUAGAAGUAUGACUAUUACCCGUUCUCGGAUAGAAACCUCAAUUCCUCGCAAGCAUGGACCUGCUAUUGCUGGUUACGAGUCAGCUUUGAAUAAGUUCUUCGAAAAUGUUUUACAGGCUUUCUUGAAACAUAUAGAUUUCAAUGUGGUUCGCUGCGCUGUAAUCGCAAGUCCAGGAUUUACAAAGGAUCAGUUUCAUCGUCACUUAUUUUUGGAGGCAGAAAGAAGACAGCUGCGCCCUAUUAUUGAAAACAAGUCACGCAUUAUUCUUGUGCACACAACCUCGGGAUACAAGCAUAGUUUAAAGGAGGUUCUUGAUGCUCCAAAUGUCAUGAAUAUGAUUAAAGAUACUAAGGCAGCACAAGAGGUUCGAGCUAUGAAGGAUUUUUAUGACAUGCUUUCAAAUGAUCCAGCCCGAGCUUGCUACGGAGUUAAACAUGUUGAGGUCGCCAAUGAACGAUUAGCUGUGCAAACGCUUCUUAUUACAGAUGAUCUUUUCAGCAGGAAUUCAGAUAUAGCAACAAGACAGAAGUUUGUCGAGUUGGUCAACUCAGUUAAGGAUUCAGGAGGCUCUGUCCAUGUAUUUUCAUCCUUGCAUGUCUCUGGAGAACAGCUAGCACAGAUAAGUGGCAUUGCCGCAAUUCUUCGGUUUCCUCUGCCUGAUCUUGAAGACAUUGAAAUGUGAUGUUGCAACAGCACCCUUUGUGAUAAUAACUUGUAUUGCUUGGUAUUUAUAUGUUGAAAUUAACACUCACCAUCAUAUAUGAAUCUGUAAUUCUUUGUAUUGUUAUGUUUAUAAAAUAAUUUUUCACCGGA